AUGGACCGCUCCAACAAACCCUCUGCAAUCGGCGUGGGUGCCUCGUUCCCGCAGCCUUCUGUGUCUGUCCAGGAUGGCAUCAUCGAGGCCAGCUUGCCCUCUGGCGAGUCCGUCACGGUGUACCUGUACGGUGCAACGGUCACCUCGUGGAAGUCGAACGGUCAGGAACAGCUGUUUAUGAGCAAGACAGCCCAUCUGGAUGGCUCCAAGCCGAUCCGCGGUGGAAUUCCGCUCGUAUUCCCGACGGACGCUAAUCCGAAGCUUUGUAUCUGGCAGGUCUUUGGCCCCCCUCCUAAGAAUCACGCCACCUCGUCCCUUCCCCAGCAUGGCUUUGCUCGCAAUUCCACCUGGGAGUUCCUCGGAAAGUCCUCCUCGGAGGCUGGCAAGGGAGAUGUCGCCGUCAAGUUGGAUUUCGGCCUAUCGCACGCCAUGUUGAGCGAGGAGUUCCGCAAGGCGUGGCCGCACGAGUUUGGGCUGGUGUACAGCGUCACCUUGACCAAGGAUGCGCUCCGCACCUCGCUCCAGGUCACCAAUGAGGGCAAGGAGAACUUUGAAUUCCAGGUCCUGAUGCACACCUACCUGGCCGUGGAGGAUAUUGCCAACGUCCGCGUCAAGAAUCUCGAGUCCAAGACCUACAUCGACAAGGUCCGCAAUGCAAGCACCCACACUGAAUCCUCCCCUGCACUGGCCAUCACCGAAGAAACCGACCGCGUCUACCAGGGUCUAGACCCCGCCACGCCGAUCGUCGUCUCUUCCGCCUCGGACGAUCAGCCUCUCUUCUCGAUCACCCGGGAAGCGCUCACCGACGUCGUUGUUUGGAACCCCUGGAUUGAGAAGGCCAAGGGUUUGUCCGACUUUGGCCCUGAUGAGGCAUACAAGAACAUGAUCUGCGUUGAGGCUGGCUCUGUUUCUGCUUGGCAGACACUGGAGGCUGGUGACUCGUGGGAGGGUGGCCAAAGUAUCAAGUCUCGCCUCUGA